UCUUGUGAAUGGGUUAGAAUGAUGAGGAGCUGUUUGACAGGUGAUUUUCAGGACUUUGUACGGAUUUCAUAGCAACCAGAUGAAGCGGAGGAGACAUUUAAAUAGUUAAUUUGGAGACUGUGUCGAUUUUACAAUGAUCGAACUAACCGGUGGCGAGAAAUCGCUCGCCGAAACCGCAUGAGUAGCCGACUUCUGAAGUGAAGACAUUUACUCAUGUAGUCUUAGUGCUUUUACUGUACGUUCUGUGUAGCCAGUUUUAUGGCAUAAUUCUACUCUAAGGCCUUCAAGAUGAUGUGCGACGUGAUGCCCACCAUCGCCGAGGACGGCUCCAAUGAUCGGGAGUCGCAAGGCUCGGGAGAUGACUCCAAUUUUGAGCAAUUGAUGGUGAACAUGUUGGAUGAGCGAGAUAAAUUGAUGGAGAGUUUGCGUGAAGCGCAAGAUCAAGUUGCUUUGACACAGGGCAAACUUCAUGAGGUGGAGAAGGAACGUGAUAGUUUAACGAGACAGGUGCAACAAACUCAGCCGCAGGAAUUAGCAACAGUAAACAAGGAACUAAAUCAAGCACGGGAACACUUACUAGAGAGAGAAGAGGAAAUAGCGGAACUUAAAGCAGAAAGAAAUAAUACUAGGCUUCUAUUGGAGCACCUCGAGUGCCUUGUCUCUCGUCACGAGCGGUCACUCAGGAUGACCGUCGUCAAGCGACAAGCGUCUUCUCCAGCAGGAGUCUCCAGCGAGGUCGAGGUGCUCAAGGCUCUCAAGUCUCUGUUCGAACAUCAUAAAGCCUUAGAUGAAAAAGUUCGAGAACGGCUACGGGUCGCAUUGGAAAGAGUGGCCCAGUUAGAAGAGGAAUUAGCAUCAGCCAAUCAGGAGUUGUUUACUCUGCGUGAACAGCAGACCAAGUCCCGCCAUUCCAGUGGCAGUACGGAAGAUGGGGACAAACUGAGGAAGGUAUCAUCUGCUGACUCUUCACAGGAAGAAAAUCAAAAAGAGGCACAUCCAAAACGAUUGUCCAAUGGGUCAAUUGACCCAGAUUCGGAAAUUAACCGCGUCAUCGAGCUCCAGGAAACAGUUGAGAAGCAGAACAGUGAGUUGACAUCUGCUCGGACGAAGAUGCUGGAGCUGACCAACAAGUGCACGGAACUGGACGAGAGCUUCACCACAAACCAGAAAGAUUUCGUCAAAGCUCAGGAACAGGUGGUCAAGCUGCAGAGGGAUCUUCGAGAGUCUCAGGCCCAGAAGGAGGACCAAGAAGAGAGGAUAGCGACUUUAGAGAAGCGGUACCUCAACGCCCAGCGAGAGUCAACAUCAUUGCAUGACCUCAACGACAAGCUGGAGUCAGAGUUGGCCAUGAAGGAGUCGCAGCUGAAAACUAAUGAGGAGAAGAUACGCUCUGUCCAGGAGAAAUAUGAGAUGGCAGAGCAGAAGCUUCAUCAGUCAAUGAAAAAGGUGGAGGUGUUGCCAACGAUAGAAGCCCAGCUACAGCAAAGGAUGGAUGCCUUGAGCCAGGCAGAGGAGCAGCAUGGUUCAGUCCAAGAGCGUCUUGAACAGCUGGAGUCCAAUCUCCAGGACAAGGACUCUGAACUACAGCGGGCUCGUCAACGUGAGAAGAUGAAUGAGGAACAUAAUGCUCGGCUAUCGGCGACUGUGGACAAACUGUUAUCGGAGAGCAACGAGCGGCUGCAGCUUCACCUCAAGGAGAGAAUGCAGGCACUUGAGGAGAAGAACCAGUUGACUCAGGAGCUGGACCGCACUCGGAAACUCCUCGAUGACACACAGCAGGAGAAGGAACGAAUCAAUGAAGACCUGCAGAGAUACCGGAAAGAGGUGGAGAUUCUCCGAGCCCAGAUUGAACAAAUUAUGAGGACGGGACUUGGAGUUGAGGAGAGCGUGUUGAGGAGAGUACAACGUGGUCGGGAGCAGGCACUCCUGGAGGACCAGUCCAAGGUUAACACGCUGAAUGAACAAGAAUGGGAGAAGUUACAACAAGCGCACGUGUUGGCAAACGUUCAACACGCAUUCGAUACGUCGGACACCGAGGGAACAGAUGAUAACGAGUCAAUAUUCGGAGCUGUGGAUCUGCUGUCUCCUACCGGACACACGGACGCACAGACCCUCGCCCUCAUGCUACAGGAACAGCUCGAUGCAAUAAACAAUGAGAUUAGGUUAAUACAGGAAGAAAAGGAGAGCACCGAGCAGAGAGCGGAAGAACUGGAGAGUCGGGUAGGAAGCGGGAGUCUUGAUGCUAUAGCUGCCACCAGGUGGCCGCAGGGCUACGAGCGCUCGUCUCCCCCUCUCAGCGGGCGCUCAACACCCACGCCCAGAACAUAUCAGUCGAGAGAUAUUCUCCAAAAAUACCACACCGCACCAGCGGGUAUAUCUGCCUCCCACUUGUACACCUAUUCCUCAUCUAGUCCGCAAUUGGCAACAUCUGCUGAUACUGCAGCAGCGCAGCAGCCCCAGUACAGUCGCGACGACACCGCCCUCAGCAGUAAAGAUGAAGCGAGACAGAUUAAGUGCGAAUCUAGUCCACCGACACCACGGUCACUGAGGUUAGAACGGGUCGCCCGAGCACUAGCUCAACAAAGUGCUGACAAUUCUCCGGUGUGCAGCAAACUGCAUGAACUUACUCACGGGACAGCAAGUCCGAUGGGGAGUGUACACAGCAGUCAAGACUCCCUACACAAGCAUACAAAAAAGAAGGGCUUGAAGAGUUCACUAGGCAGGUUCUUCAGUAAGAAGGAGAAGCAGAAACCCAAAGAGACUAUGGGGUUGGAGCGUGGUGCUACAGCCUUCACGGAUACAGACGGGAGUGGAGAUGCACUCACCCUGGGGCUAGGACAAUCAGAAUUUGAUAGGAGGAAAAAGAAGAAACAUGAGUUGUUGGAAGAGGCCAUGAAGGCAGGCACACCCUUUGCCUUGUGGAAUGGACCAACUGUUGUAGCCUGGUUAGAAUUAUGGGUAGGGAUGCCUGCGUGGUAUGUAGCAGCGUGUCGAGCCAAUGUCAAAAGUGGAGCUAUCAUGUCUGCAUUGUCCGACACCGAGAUUCAACGAGAGAUUGGUAUCAGUAACCUACAUAGGCUCAAACUCAGACUAGCCAUUCAGGAAAUGGUUAGCCUAACAAGUCCUUCUGCGCCAAAAACUUCACGAACAACUCUAGCGUUUGGUGAUAUGAACCAUGAGUGGAUCGGGAACGACUGGUUGCCAAGUCUGGGUCUACCGCAGUAUCGCAGCCAUUUUAUGGAGUGUCUGGUCGAUGCUCGCAUGCUUGAUCACCUCACCAAAAAAGAUCUGAGAGGGCAAUUAAAAAUGGUAGAUAGUUUCCAUAGAACAAGCUUACAGUACGGAAUAAAUUCAUUAAAGAAAUUAAACUAUGAUAGAAAAGAAUUAGAACGGCGUAGAGAAGAAAGUGCAAAUGAAUUAAAAGAUGUGUUAGUGUGGUCGAAUGAGCGGGUUAUCAAAUGGUCGAUGUCUAUAGGCCUGCGGGAAUAUUCAGCUACUCUGCUAGAAUCUGGAGUCCAUGGGUCACUAAUAGCACUAGACGAGAGCUUCGAUCACAACAGCAUGGCUCUCGCAUUACAAAUACCCACACAAAACCAACAAGCUAGGCAAGUUUUAGAGCGGGAAUUCAACAACCUUCUGGCAAUCGGCACUGAUCGCCGCCUGGACGAGGGUGAGGGUGGCAAGUUUCGCCGGGCACCAUCAUGGCGGAAAAAGUUCCGAACAAAAGACAGCAAGGGUGAGGGCGGGGAAGAAGGGGAGACAACUGCAGAGACCUACGUUCAGCAGUCACCUCAGCACACAAGGCGAGCACCAGACAACUCCGUGGCACGACGCUCCACAGAACAUAGGAACUAUUGAUGAUAGCCAUGUAUAGGGAAGAUGAUAUAUCUUGGUGUAUACUCCAUUCUGAUUGGACAGUUACCGUGAUAAUGGAAUCUGAUUGGUUGAUUUGAUUUACCUUCAAAUCGGAUUAGUCAGUUUGACUUUUACUGGAUCUGUUUGAUCAGGUGUACUGUAAUGGACUCGGAUUGGACUGUUUGAAUUCUUCUGGACACUGAUUGGUCAGUUUGAAUUAUUCUGGACACUGAUUGGUCAAGCCAGGGAUCAACUAUUAAAGCAGGUGGUUUACGAGUAUGUGUGUAUGUCCACGCAUCAGGACAAGCUAUCCCACUGUUACAUUGUUUAUAUCAUGUGUCAUCUGGUUUGAGAUUAUCUGUACUCAUUGUUUAUAUCAUGCCUCAUUUGGUUUGAGGUUAUCAGAUAAUCUUGAUUCUCAUUGGCUGGAAGCAGUUAGGGUCAGCUUUAACCUUUAACCUUUGACCUGUAGUUGUGUAAAAGUGGUAGUACUUGACAUUGGUGUCAUUCAACUAUUUAUUACAUGUGAUACCCUGUAGCAUUAUGAAUAUAUGCAACCUUAGUUCACACCAGGAGACAGGAGACAUCACAAUUCUACAACAAUCAAAUGUCACCAGCCAUAUUGUAUCCAUUUACCAAGAGGUCGUGACUAUAUGCUUUCUUUUAAUACUCACAGUUUCUUAACAAAAAUAGAGGAAAGCGUAAAAUGAGAAGUAAAACUGUGUUUGUUUAUUCACUUUUCAUUUUUAUUGUUUUGUAUCACAGCUUUAACGGUUUUCAAGUCAACAAACUCAACCCGGUUAUAGAAUCUGCAGAUCAAGUUAGAUAACUCUGAUCAAGGGAGAUAACUCAAUCUCAUCUCAAGGUUGUGAAGGAAGAAGGGAAAACAACAAGCAGUCUUAGGCUGUCUCACAGUGAUUCGCAAAUUGUGAGACAUUUUUACAUCAUUUGGAGUAGCUUUUCCGAAGACACUGAUAUUUUGAGAUAAUCCUGCUGCCAGUGCCUGUCUCAACAUCUAUCAUGAAUUCAUUACGAUCAGGUGUAAGGUAAACAUGUUGUGGUUUUGUUCGUGUGUUGCACAUAGCCAAGAGAGAGAGAGACAGGGUCCUGAUGGGUCAACAUACUGGUGUCAAGUCACUCAAAACACUCUUGUCUUGAAGAUCAGUCUAUCCUUGAAUUAUAUUUUGAAAGACCAUAAGUAUUUAUUGCUCAUUGUAGAUGUUGAAAAAUGACAGCUGAAAAUGGACUCAUUCUUGGUACCAGAAGCUUUUUUGCACUCCAAUGUUAUUACCCCCUGAAGAAAAGCAACAUUUGUGUUCAAUAAGAGACUGACAUUGCUGUUUUCAUUGAUUUUGUGAUGUAGAAUUAUUACUGCCUAAUGACUCCAACUGCCAACUGACUCAGGUUCCAAACUGACGUGAGGUCCAACAGCCUCUGGACACAGUGGCCUAUUGCCUACUGACUCAAUGUUCAACUGACAGGGUUCAAACUAAUUCCACAGUUUUGCUUGCCUGGAUAAUGACAAAAUGCCUUUUUCAUUGUGAAAAUGAUUGGGAAAUUGUCUUGUACUAUCUCCCAAGAAUUUUUACAAGUCGCGGGCUAGUGUCCAGUGACUCGUUGUACAACUAGCUACUGACUUUUUGCCCUACUGCUUAAUUGUCAUACUGCCUACUGGCAUGAUGCCCUACUGCCUACUGCCUCAUGCCCUACUUUGCGUACUGUACUUACGCCAAUAUUCUACUGUAUAUGGACUAAAUGCCCUACUGCCAACUGACCCAAGUUUCUACUGCCUACUGACUCAAUGCCCUACUGCCAACUUACACCAAUAUUCCACUGUAUACUGACUAAAUGCCCUAAUCCUACUGACACCAAUUUUCUACUGACUAAAUGCCCUAUUGCCCACUGACAAUUUUCUACUGCCUACUGACUCGAUGCCCUGCUGCCUACUGACUAAAUGCCCAACUGCCUACUGACAGUUUUCUACUGCCUAGUGACUGAAUGUCCAACUGUCUACUGACACAAUUUUAUCUCUCUGCCUACUGAUGCAGUAUUCUGUUGCCUACUGACUGAAUGCCCUACUGCCAACUGACCCGUUUUCCCUCUGCCUACUGACCUCCCAUAUCAGGACCCUCACGGGGUGAUAGGAUCACUGUCAGAAGAGAAGCAAUAGACUGACUUUUGUGUUUGUAUUUGUAAAUUCUCUCAACAUGUGUCAGAGAUGAUGCCAUAAUUCUCCUGCAUACGGAACUACACUGUGAGAAUUACACCAUAAUUUCAGAUCGCCUUCCAUCCAUUUAAGACUACUGAAUCAGCAGAUUCUUCCAAACAAUGAUGAUUCAAUUUAGCGCUAAUAUUUAAAAAAUCAUAAGAUUUUUUGGGACACUAUGGUCAGUGAGGAAGUUGGAAAAUGCCAAAGAUUGUAAAAUAGUAGAUGUUAUCACAGAUAUUGAUUAAAGGGAGCAUUAUCCAGGGCUAUAAGGCUGUCAUGUAGAUAAGUAUCAAAUAUUUGAAUUGUAGAAUAAGCAUCGCUGCAACAUUCAAGUGAAUGAAAUUAGAUAUUUCCAAGGAACUGACUAUGCUCUCAUUGUCUUAGUAAUGGCGACUCUUCCUCAAGAACUGCAGUGGAAUAUUUUAAUGGAAUAACAUUUUUAGUUGGCCUCUAUUUUAAUUUUGUUGUAUGAACAUUUUAAUUUUCACUUCCUUUCAUAUUUCAAGGCAUGAUAACAGUUUGAAAAAGGAUCAUCAGAAAGAGUUUUAUUUGAAAGGGGCUUAUCUCAGUGAUAUUAAUUCAUUGACCUGAAAAUACAAAUUGAUAGCAUUUUUGUAUUCCAUCUUCAUCACCAUGGUAACCUGGCUGACAAAUUAACUGAAAACUGAAAAGGAAUCAUUUGUACCAAGUCUAUUACAGUAUGAGUGACUGAAAUGUUCCAGUCUUUGUCACUGGACUGACAAAGGGACCCAGCCAUUAUCACCUCAUGGGUUGAAAUAAUUCAGUCUUCAUUGGACUGGCUGAGAUAAAGUAGUCUUCAUUACAUGAUUGUGAGUCAGUCGUCAUUUCUUGAUUGGCUGAAAUAAUGCAGUCUUCAUAAUCUGAUCGGUAGAACCAGUCCUGUUCUCUUCUCAUGGCUGAAAUGUUGAUUGUCAUCCAUCUUCCAACCUGGCCCUGAAUAUGUGCAAUAUUGUGUGAAAAUCGGAGAUUGCUGUGUGCUCAGUAUGUUGUGUGCUUGAACUUUUGGAGACAUGCUGCCAGUAAAUAAGUUAUUCCUAAUCAGGGCUCCUUUCCAGAUGACAGCAGCCCCUGCCGUCAUUAUGUAAACAGUUAAAUAUGUUCAUUGGCAUCUUCAAUUUAAGUAAUUCAGGGAUAAGGAUUAGAUCAGUAUCCUGUUGCUAGUCAGCAGGACUCAUUAACUGUUAAUGUCAUACAGUUAAUGUUUUGUUUAUAUUGAGCACAUACAAAAAUAUAUUAAGAUAUGUUGCCACCAAAAAAAGUAUUAUUUUUUAUGUUGCUGACUGUCAUUUCGGGUCAGAUCUGAUCUGGCCCAAACUUUCAUUCAUACCAAGGGUGGGUAACUCUAAAGUGUUUUCAGUUUGCAAUCCUGUAAAUAAUUCUAUGACAUGUAAAUCCUUAUUUCCAUUUGUGCACCAUCACAUGGAAAUAAAUAAAUAAUUGCCCUGAUAUAAAUUAAUCAAACAGAAACCUGAAGAUUUUAUUAGGGGGCUUUUGUAUCGUGAACUGACUGUGAUUUUAAAAUAUCAGGAAAAGCUCUAGAAGUACAGCGGAGAAACUUAUUUCCUGACACAUAUGUCUGAUUGCCUGCCCUUCUUCUUGCUCUUCACCUGGAGAGUCCAGAUUAGUAGAUCUGUCAACUAUAAAUAUAUCGCAAUUAUACUGACCGAAAGAAGUUAGGGAACAGCACAUCCAACAUAUCACUUCGAAAGCGAAGAUUGAAACAAACACGCUAAACUACCAUUUCAUGUGACAUUUCGUUCACUUAAAGCUCAUAUUCUGAACAAAGCUUUCUUCGCAAAUUGUUCCCCUAUUUUUUUCCUCGGUAUAUGUAAUUGUAUGUAUGUACAGCAGACCUAUAUCUUGUAGAAAUAUAAAGUAGAUUAUUACACUACUCUAUAUAACGCUCCGUAUGAACUCAGCCACUGAGCAUUGCGCUGGUCCCUCGUUAUAAGACGGACACGGGCUACAUGAUGAAAUUAACAUGUAUGGAAUAAAUUUAUUAUUGGAGACUAUUUAUAACAUUGGAUGUAUAGAAGGCUGCAUGUGUUAUUGCUGCUCUGUCACGAGUCCUGUUACUUAAGCUUUGCGAUGACACUGGAAGAAGAAUGGUAAUAUGUGAAUGGCACAAGUGUUUAAACUAACUGAUCCUGUGUAUAAUCAUCAAAAGCAGGGCAUUGUUGUUACUGCCGCAUCUCCAUCUAUUCGUUUAUUGUUUGUAUGUUUUGUAUUUUUACAAAUUUAGUUCAUAUUUAUAACUAAAGACAUAGUUACUCCAA